GGCAGGCGGAUUCUUAACCACUGCGCCACCAGGGAAGUCCCUGUAAGUGGUUUUGAUUGUUUGUAUGAAGGCUGUUUAUUUCUGUGUAAGUACAGAAGUUUAUAUACCCUGAAGUUCUAAGUAGUUUUUAACAGACGUUAAAUUCUGCAGAAUCCUUUAUACAUUUUUGCCUAAAAGAAAAGAAAGCCUUGGGAGUCAGGCUUACAGUUAAAUUCUGUGGCUGCAUUUAUGAGCUCUGUGGACAUCUGGGGAUCUGUUUGACUACUCUGAGCCUCAGUUUCCUAAUCAGUAAAAGGAACAUUUCUGGCUUGGUAAGAAUGUUGGGAGAAUUAAAAAGAGCUUGGGACUCAUCACUUAGUGCCGCUUCCACCACCAUCACUGCCAGCCGCAACAGAGAUUGAGGUUGCUGUGCUCUUUUUCUUCCUCUUUCCCCUCUCACCUUUAAAAGACAAAGAAAAGAAGAAAAAUGAUGCUAGACUUGAAGUUAAAAGCAAGUUGUGAUUCACUCGGAGCAGGAUAAUCAACAUACUGAGAACAAACUCAGCCCCGUAUUUGAGGCCCCUCCUGCCUGCCUUUCUAGCCUUGCUGCUGCUUGCCCUCUCCGAUGCACCCUGACCAGAGGUUGCUUAGCUUUCCCCAAAGUCCCCGUGUUUCCUAUAAUGCCAUCCCUUCCACCCAGAAUGUUCUGCUACCUAAUUCUACCAGUUUAGAUAUGUGCUGCCCUGCACCCAGUAAAAAACACGAUAUGUCUCCAUGUGUAGCUUGUCGGUCCUAUAGCUUGGCCUUGAUGGACUGGAAACUGUGAGGAGAGAAACUAUGUCCCUCAUGUCCACCAAAGAAUACAGAAUACCUGGCAAAGAACAGACACUCAGAUAUUUUAAAAUAAGUAAAUGAAUAAUUGACUUUGAUCUUUCUUUUGCCUCGUAUUAUGUGUCUGGGUAAUUCAUCUGUCACCCAGUACAUUGUAAACCCCUUGAAGAUAAGGCUUACGCCGCUUCUCAAUAAUAAUAGUAACAGUAAUAAUAAUGGUGGUGGUGGAGGUGGUGAGAGGCAAAUGGAUUUAUUUUAUAUAAGAACAUGUAAUAAUAAAAGCGAAAAUUGAUGUUCAUUGAACAUUUAUUAUGUUACAGGAACUGUUUUGAAGUCCCUGAUGUGGAUUAUCUCACAUAACCCUCAGCAGUCCUGUUCACAGUAAAGGUGCUAAGAAAGAGAAUGUAAGACAGGAAAAUAAUUAAAUAUUUUUACUGAGUCUCUUCAACAGGCCACAUUUAAGAGGCGUCUCGUACCCUCUGCUGCCGGUGGCUGGGACACGAUGGAUCACACAGGGGCAGUGGACACCGAGGAUGAGUUGGGACCUUUAGCCCAUCUUGCUCCAAGUCCUCAAAGUGAAGCCGUUGCCCACGAAUUCCAGGAACUCUCCUUGCAGUCCAGUCAGCACCUGCCCCCUCUGAACGAAAGGAAGAAUGUGCUCCAGCUGAGGCUGCAACAAAGGAGGACAAGAGAACAACUAGUGGACCAGGGCAUCAUGCCACCCCUGAAGAGCCCAGCGGCAUUCCACGAGCAGAUAAAAAGCUUGGAACGAGCCAGAACCGAAAACUUUUUGAAGCACAAGAUUCGGAGCCGACCAGAUCGUUCUGAACUUGUCAGGAUGCACAUUUUAGAAGAAACAUUUGCAGAGCCAUCCCUGCAGGCUACUCAGAUGAAGUUGAAAAGAGCUCGACUAGCUGAUGAUCUGAAUGAAAAGAUUGCUCAAAGACCUGGUCCUAUGGAGCUGGUAGAGAAAAACAUCCUUCCUGUAGACUCCAGUGUUAAGGAAGCAAUUAUAGGUGUUGGGAAGGAGGACUAUCCCCAAACUCAGGGCGAUUUCUCAUUUGACGAAGACAGCAGUGAUGCUUUGUCUCCAGACCAGCCAGCCAGCCAGGAGUCGCAGGGGUCAGCCGCGUCCCCAAGUGAGCCAAAAGUUAGUGAAUCGCCAUCUCCUGUGACUACAAACACUCCAGCCCAGUUUACUUCAGUGUCCCCAGCAGUUCCUGAAUUCUUGAAAACACCUACUGCAGACCAGCCCCCCACACGGUCCACAGCGCCUGUCCUCCCCACCAACACCGUGUCCUCAGCAAAGCCUGGGCCAGCACUGGUGAAGCAAAGCCAUCCCAAGAAUCCAAAUGACAAGCACCGUAGCAAAAAGUGCAAGGACCCGAAGCCCCGGGUGAAGAAGCUGAAGUACCACCAGUACAUCCCGCCAGAUCAGAAGGGGGAGAAGAGCGAGCCGCCCAUGGACUCCAACUACGCCCGGCUGCUCCAGCAGCAGCAGCUCUUCCUGCAGCUGCAGAUCCUCAGCCAGCAGCAGCAGCAGCACUACAACUACCAGACCAUCCUGCCUGCGCCACUCAAGCCACUCAAUGACAAGAAUAACAACAGUGGGAAUCCAGCUUUGAACAACACCACAUCUAACACACCAAGACAGAAUACAUCUGCUCCUAUGAGAAAGCCAGGGCCUCUGCCUUCUAGCUUGGAUGACUUAAAGGUGUCGGAGCUGAAGACAGAACUGAAGUUAAGGGGUCUUCCGGUGUCAGGCACCAAACUGGACCUCAUUGAACGCCUGAAACCCUACCAGGAAAUGAACAGCGGUGGUGCUGCUACCAGUGGCAUCGUGGCCCUGUCCACAUCUGCCAUCGUCCCCAGUAACCCGGAAGUUACCAUGGCCCUGCCAGUGACAACACUGCAGAACUCUGUGAGCAGCUCAGGCUCCACUUUCAAGGGAGAGCUGCCAUCCGCUGGAUCCAGCAGCACAGCCCACGUGGACAGUGUUAGCUCCCCGCUGCCCAUCUCACCCGCACCCUCGGAACAGUCCAGUCUCAGCGCCGAGGACGCGAGCGUGGCGGACACGUUCACCGAGAUCAUGACCAUGAUGUCCCCGUCGCAGUUCCUGUGCUCGUCGCCUCUGCGAGCCACGAGUACGGAGGACAGCCUCAGCCCCACCAGCAGCACGCUGUCCACCCUGGAGCUCGACGCGGCCGAGAAGGACCGCAAGCUCCAGGAGAAAGAGAAGCAGAUCGAAGAGCUGAAGCGGAAACUGGAACAAGAGCAGAAGCUCGUGGAAGUUCUGAAGAUGCAGCUGGAGGUGGAGAAACGAGGGCAGCAGCAGCGGCCACUGGAGCCCCCGCCCAGCACCCCGGCCCCUCCAGUCCCCAAGUCAGACCAGGCUCGGGGCGGCACCGCUCCCGCUGCCAAGGACGAGGCCCUGGUCCCCGACGGCCCCAGCCUAGUGGCCGGCCAGACCCUCGUUGCCAAAAAGGCCAUAGUGAUCAAGCAAGAGGUCCCCGUGGCCCCGGCCGAGCCACCAAGCCUCGUCCCGCAGUUUUACGUGAGUUCCCAGGGCCAGCCGCCCGCCGGGGUGGCUCAGCCACAGGCUUUACUGACCACGCACACCACGCAGCUGCUGCUCCCCGUGUCCAUCCAGGGCUCCGGUGUCACCUCAGUGCAGCUCCCAGUAGGCAGCCUCAAACUCCAGACUCCACCACAAACAGGCAUCCAGGCUCAGCCUCAGAUAGCAACUGCCACCUUGUCCUCAGGCCUGGCCCAGGCUGCACCUCAGAAACAAGACACUUUCACACCACAUGUGCUCAGUCAACCUCAGCAAGUCAGAAAGGUUUUCACAAACUCAGCAUCCAAUACAGUUCUUCCGUAUCAGAGACCACCCGCUCCAGCGGUGCAGCAGCCCUUUAUCAACAAGACAAACAGCAGCAUCCUUCAACCCAGAAGCACGCCACUUCCGUCCCUGCAGAACGGCCCCAACCCUCCCAACAAGCCCGGCUCGCCCCCUCCGCCCCAGCAGUUUGCGGUCCAGCACUCUCUGUUUGGGAGCCCGGUCCCCAAGACGAAAGACCCUCCCCGCUACGAGGAAGCCAUCAAGCAGACGCGCAGUGCCCAGUCUUCCCUUCCAGAGAUUUCCAAUGCACACAGUCAGCAGAUGGACGACCUCUUUGACAUCCUUAUUAAAAGCGGAGAGAUUUCCCUCCCUAUAAAAGAAGAACCUUCUCCUAUUUCCAAAAUGAGACCAGUGACAGCCAGCAUCACCACAAUGCCAGUCAGCACAGUGGUGUCCCGGCCACCACCCCAAGUCCAAAUGGCACCACCCAUAUCCUUAGAACCUAUGAGCAGUUUAUCUGCCAGCUUAGAGAACCAACUAGAAGCUUUCUUGGAUGGCACUUUGCCUUCAGCCAGUGAAAUUGCUCCACUGCAAAGCAGCAGCGAGGACAGGGAACCCUUCUCCCUGAUAGAGGAUCUCCAGAACGACCUGCUGAGUCACUCAGGCGUGCUGGACCACUCACACUCACCCAUGGAAACUUCCGAGGCCCAGUUUGCUGCGAGUACUCCCUGCCUGUCCCUUGACCUUUCUGACUCGAACCUGGACAACAUGGAGUGGUUAGACAUUACCAUGCCCGGCACGUCAUCGGGACUCACUCCUCUCAGCGCCACUGCUCCGAGCAUGUUCUCUGCCGACUUCCUAGACCCACAGGACCUACCACUGCCAUGGGACUAACAGCACAGAUUUCUCAUCCCAGAUUCCAUGAGAGUCAAGAAGAUGAAGAUGAUUGGAGAAGGUCAGUUUUUAGAGACAGAUCCAUAGUUGCAUCAUUGCAAUUAUAAUAUGUUGUCACAGAAAGAACGGAGGGAUGGUCAGAGGCUGGAAACCAAGUUUGAAAACGUUUCAUUGCAUCCAGCAGUGAAUGUCUACGAUUUAAUAUAGCACAGAGCCUUCUGAAAAAACACUACUCCAAGAAGACUUAUCUGUUUCUCCAGACUUCAGUAAAGAAUAAAAGGUACCUUUAGAUAAAAACAUGAAGCAGAGUAAUGUGUGCAGGGCGGUGAUACCAGGGCCUCUGGUCAUCAGCUACAUUUAAACCUCUGUGGUCACUUUGAGACCCUAAAUAAAAGGCAAACGGCUCCACUCAAAAAGAAGGGAGGUGAGAGACCACUGCACAGGGUAUUUCCUAGAAAUGGCCUGAGCCCAGCCCAAGAUGCAGCAGGGGUCAAGGGCAGUGGUCAGCACCAGCCAGUUCAGUGACAGCUUCCCACUGAAGACUUUUUGGUUCCAUUCAGAAACCAAUGUAAUUUUUUUGUGUGUUAUAGUUUAUUUUGUGAUUUUUGGGAAUCUUACUUUAGAUCUCCAAAUUUAAAUUGAAAUGGAAGAUCUUCCACCAUAACCAGACAGUGUCUACAAAAGACUGUCAUAAACAAUCCACUGUAAGAAGUCAGGUGUACUGAUAACACUGAAAAUUCUAUUUGCAGCCCUCUGGGUUGAUUAGGUUGAUUUUAAUGUGUAUCUUAGACAUCUGUACGUGUGCUCUGACAUUGUGAUGUGUACAGCCUACACUGGAGUAAGGCAUUAGGUACCCAGUGGUCCUACUUCUUGUAAUAACUCAAAUAUUUCUGGAGUACUUGAGCCACAUGUAUUUCCGUAUUUAAAGAAUUGCUGACUAACUUUCAGGUAACCAGACCCAUCUCAAAGAACCAUGAAAAGGCUUUAGCAUAAAAUAUAUUUCUGAGCUGGUGAGUUGCAAAGAAGGCAAGGGAGAAGUCUAUCAUCAACCUAGGACAUUCCUACAACGGUUACAGGUGAGACAGUGUCGCCAGGUUGGCCAGUGGACCCAGCCCUGGCCAUCCUCUUCUCUGUCUCUUAUCCCUGGUUACUGUUUUACAGGCUUGUAACUGGAUGUCAUACCUGAGCUCUCACUAUAUCAUCAAGCUGAAGAUUGAAAAACUGGAGGUUUUAUUAGUUUUUUAUAUAGAAAAAAGAUUUGUUGAGUAGUUUCAUAAUUUUCUAAUAUGCCAACUAUCACAGGAUUUCCAAGAUUAUUUCAAUCAAGCUAGUCAUUUAAGUAAGUAUAUGAUAAAAUAUAAAUAACUGAAAAAAACCCCACCUGAAAUCUACCCCAAAGUGUGGAGGUUUUUAUUACAUAACAUCAUUGUGCUCUCCACCUCACCUUGUAUAAACCCUACGUAUGGUCAGGUUUUUUCCCUGGGCUGUUAAAUGGUGAAAGUUGCCUCUUGCAAGUCACUGUGGGAACCUGACCCACUACUUGGAAACAGUCUGUGAAUCAUUUCUGGGUUUGUGUUUUGCCUAAGAACUGAUCUUACUGUAUAUUUUUAUUUCAGUUUGUAAAUUUUACUACAUGUAAGAAAAGUCCACUUUCCCAGUAUUCAGUUGCCCACAGCCCUCGAGCCCUCAGUUGAAAGCCCUCCCAACUGGAAAGUGCUUCUGGAUGAUUCAAGCAGAGGCAGUCAUGCACAGUGUGGUCUGCAGUAGGUACUUCGAGUGUUUAGCAAUUGGUAAUCCAACAUGUGGGAGCCAGUAACCGUUAACCACAGCGCCGCCAUCUGACCAAGCCCAAUGGGACAGUUAACGUCCUGGGCAUGACGUGCAUCUCGAGUCAGUUCCUUUCAGAGGCCCUGUGGCCAGGGGCAGGGCUGUUGACCCGGGGAGGUACUUUUCUUAGGGGAAGUCUGGGCCCUGGGUUUUUGUCUGGGGCCAGGGGCAGGGCUUUUGACCCGGGGAGGUACUUUUCUUAGGGGAAGUCUGGGCCCUGGGUUUUUGUCUGGGACUUAUGUGGUCCACACUUAGACUCCAAGCAUCAUCUUCAUUCAGAUUUAAAUGGCUUAUUAAAUUAGCACCAAAUAUCAGUGAGUCAGCAGGAGGCAACUGAACAGCUAGUGGUGCUGGCUCUUGUUGAGUAACUUUCUGUUUCCAUCAUCCCGAGUUGUGUACAUAGAUUGUUCUCUAGCCCUCAGCUCCCCUCGUUGCUUUUUUAAAAUAGAUUUGAAACAUGCCACAGGAAGGUUGCUCUCCAAAAAUACACACUGCAUUGCAAAGAAUGCCAUCUCAUGAGCCUGGUCUCUCGACUACAAAUUGCUGAAGUGCCCACUUCACAUGUGUGUUCAGACCUUCACGUACCAGCAUUUCCUUUAAAGGCAGGCAAGGGGCCUCUAGUACUGACUCUACCAGCCACCUACUCGCGGCAUUCCACCCGGCCCUCCGUCCUGGUUUGAGCAGCCAGCCUGGGCCUCUGUGACGCCAGUGCUGCUCACCAGGGCCUCAGCUAACGUUCCAGGUUAGAGCAAGGACACAGACCGUGCGCAGCGUGUGACGUGACCAAAGGUGACAUUCUGUGAUCACAGCCCCUCUGCCCUAACUCAGUGAACGUGAUGGUAAGCGCAAUGGGAAAGGCGUGUGUUUACCAAAGAAGACGGUCUUGGGUUUGAGGUGAGCUUCACAGCCCUUUAAACAGAGGGCAGAAGCACUGGUUGGAUGUUCAAGUGUGUGGUUUAGAAGUGGUGCUGUUGUGUACCAUCCUGCAGAGCAGCAUACUGCCAAGCAGAAAACCAACUCCUAGAAACAUGAUCUCAUAUCCAGUCUUAUUUCCUAAAUAUUCCUGAAACACAGUAGUAUCAAGCUUACCCUGCUAGUGUAUAUAGGUAUCAGGUCUUGUCAUUAAGGACGGGAGGAAUAGAAAGUUACACCGAAGCUUCAGGCAUAUGUGGUCAUCUUGUACGUUUCAGCAAAGCAUGUACUAGGAAACCUCUUAGGACAGUGUGAGUGGUUCACGUUCUAGUGUUUUUCCUGAAAUGUGCAAUCUACUGUAUAGUAUCUGCCACAUAUUUGUACAUAGAUGUAGUCUGAAUUCAUGGAACUUCUUGCUCAGAUACUAUUUGUGUUUGUUUUAUAUGAAUAUUUUUAUGGCACAAAAAAAGAUCUUACUUAAAAUUUCCUUUUUACAAACUGCACGGUUGUGUGAGCCAUGGAAGUGCCAUUUCAGAAUCGUGGCAAAGGCAGUGUGGUGUUGCCCCCCAAGCUGCCACCUGUAGAGGGCACCGUCACAAGCUGUGCAGCCGGUGGACCCCGAGUGAUGAUGGAUCAGGAGUGUUACCCAUUUUGUCACCAAAGCUGACUUAGGCUUCCUCUACCCCAGAUCAACCCCAGAUCAUUCCAGGCCACACAGCUUUCUCCAGAGUCCUUUCACAAUUCCCAAGCUGAAACCAGCCACAACAGUGCCGGGACCGUCCCUUUACUGUCCACAAACAGCCUUUGGCCGUGUUUGCGCCACACCCUCAUGCUGUUUCUGGGGCCCAUCUGGUGGCUCCUGCCAUGAGCCAGGUGGAGGGUGGCAGCCAGGGGCUGUUUCAAGAACUUCCAAGAGACUAGCUGUCAGUGUCCACCAGCAGAGCCACCCGGGUCUCCACAGCAGGUUCGCAAAUAGCCCUCUGCGUGUCGCCAUCCGUCACCACCACAUCAGUCCCGACCACUGGCACCAGAGCAGGACACCAGGCAAAGUGUCCCCUGCCUGGAGGCCACAAAAUUAGCCCACACUCUCAACACUAACUGGAAGGUCAGGGUUAUCAAAGGAACACAGCUCACAAGUGCAGAAAUGUGUAUUUGGAGAGCAUCCUAACUGCAUUUCAGCGCAUCUUUUAAGUGGUUUCAGUCAAAACUGGAAAAUAACAAUUAAUAUGUAGUCAUUCUUCUUCCUGGUUCAAACCUUUGAUAACUUGCUCAUUCAGCGAUGUUUCUGAGCUACGUUUUUGUGAAGUGACUGCAUGGCAAUAAGCAGGUCUAUGUUUGUCCCCAUUCACCCUUUCUUGCAGUAUUUGAGGAAAUGCAUCAUUGCAAAGGGUUUCUGCCUGAAAUCUCUGAUUUGAGGCCUGUAAUUCAAAAAGCUGCACAUGUUUACAAAAGAGCUCUUCCCCUCCAUGCAAACACGUUGCUCUGUGAAUCAUUGGAAAAUGUCACGAUUCUGUGACAAGAGAAUGGCAAUCUCGGAUCUGCAAGGUGCUGUCUGGAAUCAAAUAAAACAUGUCAUUGGCGAUCUCAACACAGCUGUCGUGUUCAACAGAGCUUUGUGCCAACUACUAAGACAAAGCUUUAACCAAGUUCAUAGAAUCACCGAGACUCAUAACGAUUACCUCUCCACAUUAUGCUGUAAGGAAACUUGAUGAUUUAGGAGGAGGAGGAAGCAUUUAGGAAAGGGUUUAGUUGCUACCAAAAGCACUUAACCUCGAAAAACUAAUAGUAAUGCAAACUUGCUUCAAUGGAACCAAAGGCAUUGCCAAGUAUUUGCCAAAAGGAGGCACUUUUUAUUUAAAAUUUGAGACUAAUGAGAUCUCAAAAAUCAGUCCCAAAAAGGUAUUAUCCAUUUAAGGUUAUAAUUUUCACAAAGAUGUAGAUAUUUCUCUAUUGUUUUCAUGUAAAAUAGUAUAGAUUUGUUUUGUUGGGUUAAGAAUAAUACGUAUUUAGCAGUAAUACAGAGUUUUUUCCUUUCUACGUACAAAUUAGUUUUCUUCUCUUGCUUGCAAUAGAAAUACGAUGUGAUAGGUGUUUCUCUUCUUAUUUUCAUUGUCACAUUAUGUCUUAGCAUCUCACUCUAUGAAAAAAAGGAGAAAGAUACCAAUCUGCAGAGCCCUGCUUAUCAAAGCACUAGUUUAAUAAAAAACUAUGGCAAUUGGGGGUCCAUUCAUGUAUUGCCUUUAUGUUGUUUUUUAAAAGAAAAACCAUGAUGCCUUUGUAUUUGCUGUUUGCACCCCUGAAAUCAAUUCCAUAUCAUGUUUGAAUGCCAUACAUUUUGCACAUGUACUGUACAUAGGUAAUGCAUACUGUAUUUUUAUAUGUGUGCACAUUUAUCAUCAGAUCUUUUGUACAUAGUGGCCGUAUUGUAGCUGAUCGGGAAAUGUUUGAUAUCUCAGCAAUUUUGCAUUUUUGUGUCUCAAAUAAAAACAUUUUGAUGUAC